GGAGGAGGAGGGCGGUGUGUGUGGCUCGUCGGGGCGGCGCGACUGCUUGAGGCGACGCCGACUCCUGCAUCGGCUCGCGUAGGCUUUCCUCGCCCCCCCACCCUGGCCGGCCGGAGACUGACCGGAGGUUGAGGGAAGCCGACAAUGAGCGGCGCCGGAGCCCCGGACUUCUUCUACAGAGAAGCUCAGCGCCUCGGCUAUGUCGCUCGCUCUGCCUUCAAGCUGCUUCAGAUGCAGAAUAAGUACAAGCUGAUAACCGCUGGGUCCUCUGUUCUCGACCUCGGCUGCGCUCCCGGCGCUUGGCUUCAGGUUGCUUGCCAGAACUUGGGUCCUCUGAAAAAUGGUGGGUCUGUCGUCGGCAUUGAUCUCAAGAAGGUCAAGGUUCCUACAAUGCACUGUGAUGCUAGAGUUCAGACAGUUUGUGCCGAUGUGAGGAACUUCCCGAAGCACCAAAUUAAGGCCCUUUCUCCUCAGCAAAGGGGAUUUUCCGUCGUACUCUCCGAUAUGUGUCCCUUAGUUUCUGGGAUCACAACUACGGAUGCGGCUUUAUCCGCUGAAUUAGGGAUGCGAGCACUUGAGGUAGCUGUUGGCAGGUCUGCCUUAGGUCAUAUGAGUGGCGAUAUCCAAAUGGAUGGACAGUCAAAGCCCUCUGCUUGUGCUCCUGACGACGAGGGUGUGUUGCGACCAGGAGGACACCUAGUCAUUAAGCUUCUGGAAAGUGAGGAUACACAAGAAUUCCGCCGGAUUUGUAGCCCUCUUUUCAGAAAGACAUCAUGGUUGAGGCCCAAAGCUACGAGGUCUUCAUCAAGAGAGAUCUAUUUUAUCUGUCAAAGUUUGCUCUCCUGAAAACACCUUUGCUUCACUUGUUUGAGAAUUUUCCUGGAGGUUGAGCUUUCUUGAGCAACGGUGGCUGGCUGGCGUGUUGUAUUAUCUGGCUUGUAUUCUUUUCCGCCAUCCACUGCACGAUCCUAAUCAUCGGCGGACUUUCUUUUCUCUAACUUACACAAGGGCUGUCCUUUAUUGUAAUAAUGGUAGUUCACAGGAUGGAAGUUGUCAAUCCUAGCCUUCAAUGGCACAUUCACUACGCGGAUUAAUUUUUUGUGGUUACAUAA